CACACACACGCCUUGUUCCGUUCUUGCGCUAUUCAUGUUCCCGUGCGCGGGGAGCAGCGCAGACAGGAGCUAGCUUACAGUUAGCUAGCGACUGAUAACAAAAUGCACAUAUUUCUCUCUUAGCGACCACACGCCCUAUUAGCCAAAUAAAUGCAAACGUGAAACGGCGACAUUAAUGGCCAUUUCGGGAAACGGAGCCGGAUUUUUACACCCGUUUAGGGAGCCACAAAAACCUUAUAUUCGACUGGGUCGGCCCCUGAAGCAUUUCAGCAAGAGAGCAUCCGAGCAGCGUUUUUUCAGAUGAGAACAUGGAGUCUUCUGCUUUCGGGAGAAACUAAUGCACGUCAAAGUGGCAAUAUGUAUGCGUCGGGUAUGUAAACAGAAGUUCGUGGCGGCUUUUAGUCUUAACGAACAAAAGCCAUGAUGCGGCGUUGGUUGCUUGUGUCUCUAAAGCUAAUGUUGCUAACCUAUCAUGUUUACGCUGAUGACUUGGGGAGACGUUUAUUAUUGGCAAGAUGCGCAGACACCCCCCCUUUCAUUUAGCACCGAUUAAUUGGCGUUUCAGCAAGGAAAAGAGCAAGGCACCGCGACUAAACUAUGCAAUAUGUGAUACUUGUUCAGUUCAGUGGAGGUUUUUUUUUUAAUGUUGCGCAUGUUUCACUCGCAUUACCUUUUAUUGUCAACGUGCUUGGUACUGAUAAGGUGAGGUCCCCAUUAUCAACAGUAGCCAACAUGAUGAGGAAAUGUAAGUUUUUUUUCUUUUCUUUUUUUUAACAAUUACUAAAGUGAAUUGAACAAAGAGAUCACACCGGUGUGAAGGAGUUGGAUUUUCUUCCUGUUAUGCACAAACAUCGGCGUCCUCCCCUUUACAAGCACCGUUCCUCCAGCAAUCAGAUUGAGGUAGUUCUUCAGUGUCUUUGGCAGUCAUGGACUGGGCCACUCCUGCUGUCAAACUAAACCCAUACACACGAGCCCGCAUGACAGAGGCCUGGCAGCAGCAUGGUGUUUCUCAACCUCAGGUGGUCCACUCCAUCCCUCCCGGAGCUGAAAAUUCCCUGGGCUGUACUGUGUAUGGAAUCGUCCUGCAGCAAGAAUCCACAUCGCUACAGCAGCAGACCCAACAUGGACAGCACAAUCAGCAACACAGUGGGAAUCAGCAGCAUGGAAGUGGGCAGCAUAGUCAGCAGCACUCUGCCCAGGCCCAGCAGACAAGCUUGCAGGUAGGGACUGAUGGAGGACACAAGUGCGGGGCUUGCGGACAUGAUAUCUCCCACCUGGCCAACCCCCAUGAGCACCAGUGCAUGGUAAGUCAGGACAGGUCUUUCCAGUGCACCCAGUGCAUGAAGAUUUUUCACCAGGCUACAGACUUACUAGAGCACCAGUGUGUUCAAGUGGAACAGAAGCCCUUUGUGUGUGGCCUGUGUAAGAUGGGCUUCUCCUUGCUCACAUCUCUGGCCCAUCACCACUCAUCCCACAACAGCAGCAAUCCCAUGAAGUGUUCAAUAUGUGAGAAGACGUACCGACCCGGUUCUUCUGGAAGCAUGACCUCCAACUCCUCAGCGAGCAAUGCCCAGCAACCCAGCAGUCUGAGGGCAUCAGCCAGCAGCAGCUCCUCCAUUCUGCCCUUCCCGUCAGCCCGCGACCGCCCAUACAAAUGUUCCGUCUGCCAGAAAGGUUUCAAACACUUGUCAGAACUCACCCGUCAUGAUAGGGUGCAUACAGGCGAGAAGCCCUUUAAAUGUGACACGUGUGACAAGGCUUUCAGCCAAUCAUCACACCUUCAGCACCACCAGCGGACACACAGCAACGAACGUCCUUUCAAGUGUGCCGUUUGUGAGAAAAGCUUCAAGCACCGUUCCCAUCUGGUGCGCCACAUGUACGUGCAUUCCGGCGAGCACUUAUUCAAAUGCAACUUAUGUGAGUUGCACUUCAAAGAGUCGUCCGAGCUCCUUCACCAUCCCUGCCACCCGCAAGGCUCGCGCCCCUUCCGCUGCGCCACUUGCGGAAAGGGAUUCAAGCGACCGUCGGACCUUCGCCAACACGAGCGUACGCACUCAGAGGAGCGUCCCUUUCACUGUGAUGAGUGUCAGAUGAGCUUCAAACAGCAGUACGCCCUGGUGCGCCACCGCCGCACACACAAAGACCCGAGCGAACGGCCGUUCAAAUGCAAUCUGUGCGACAUGGGCUUCAUGCAGCCCUCGCACCUCCUCUACCACCAGCACGUGCACGGCAUGGACAACCUGUUCAAGUGUGCCUCGUGCCAGAAGGAGUUCAGCCAGUCUGGGGAGCUGCUUAGGCACAAGUGCGGAGAGUCGCCCAACACGGUGCCUGACAAGCCAUACAAGUGCGACGUCUGUGGGAAGGGCUACAAGAAGAGUUCCACGUUGCAGCGGCAUCAAAACUCUCACUGCCAAGACAAGCCCCUGAAGUGCUCCCUCUGUGACCGCCGCUUCCUCUCUUCCUCUGAAUUUGUGCAGCAUCGCUGCGACCCAUCCCGGGAAAAGCCACUCAAGUGUCCUGACUGUGAGAAGCGCUUCAAAUACUCCUCGGACCUCAACAGACACGUACGUGUGCACACUGGGGAGAAGCCGUACAAGUGUGAGCAUUGCAACAAGUUCUUCAAACAACGUGAACACAUGACCAAGCACCAGAGCACACACUCGAGAGAGGGACAGUUUAAGUGUGUUUGGUGUGGUGAACGUUUCAGUGACUUGGGCUCUUUGCAGGAUCACACAGUACAGCACACAGCUGAUGGAGGGGACUACCCUGUGUCCCAGUGCAUUUAACGGAAUCCUUGAGUGGAAUCUGUGAACUUGAUGUUCCCUACAGGCACGCUUCUACCAAGCACUACAGUUUGGGUUUAGUAAGGUAUACUGUUUCUUUGCGUUUUACCAAAAGUUGUGAAGGGUACCAAAAUUGGCAUUUGUCAUCCACUUUUUGGGCUUUCUCUGCUGAGGUACCAAGUUCAGUGGUAUGGUACCUAAAAAGUGGAGCUAGACACACACGGGAACAGAUCACAAAACUCAUCCUUUCCCAAGGAGUUCAGGUGUGUUCUGAUCACAUUGUCAUUUCCACAGCCGGGUGUGUAUGCGGGAUAGUAAACAUUGUAAUAUCAUAGCAUACCUACCAGACAGAGUGGUAUUCACCAAUUCAUUCGACAAAGAAAAUAACCAUAGCUUAAGUGGAAGACGAUGGAUGGUUUUCUUCCAGUUCAAUUCUUUACAAGACGGAAGAAUGCAGAUAAUUUAUUUUGACCAGUCAACAGCAGUGUGUCUCGCUCCACCUUUCAUAAGCGUGCCACCAUCACCGCAAAGGGUUUUAUAUACUAAACUAAAUCUUAAAUUAUCGGAAGCUUGCAUUCCAUAAUACUAGCCCACCCUUACAUCUACUUUUAGAAGACCUAUUGUCACCCCAGUGCAACAGAGAAGCUGCUCCAGCCACCUAACGAACAAGUGUUUCACAAAAAUAUGGCAUUUGCCCUUCAGGGAUGGAAGAAAUCAUUUUCAGAUUACCUUAGUUUUCAUCUUGGUGGAAAUAAUUUCAAAAGCAAAUAUAAUAUAUAACAACCAACAUUUAUAAUACUUGCAGUCAAAGCCUGCCUGAAAUUUGGACCCCAUGGACGUCAACAAAUUGGGAAUGUCCUCCCUGGAGAUGCUUUGCUGAGACCCCACGCAGCCACCUUCACUUGCUUCUUGAUUGUGGGUCUUCAUUGAGUACAAAGCAUGUUCUUUUUGAAAAUUGAGAAAGAAUGGAGGUACUGGGGUAAGGGGCUGCAAUUAUGAGAUGGUAAAUACCAUAUAUUUGUGAAAUAUCUUCAAAUGAAGCUGAAUGUCUACACUUCAAUUACAUCUUGAUUGUUUAAAUUAAGUCCAUUGUGGUAUAGUCACAGAAGGACCACAACAUUGCAACUACACCACUUACACAAUACAGUAUAAUGAUAUGAGAUAAAGAGACCUGUAUGUAAUAUUUCAGUAACCAGAAUUAGUUACACCGGAAGGUAAAAAAACAAUAUUCAGACUGAUGCAAUACGUCUUGUCAUUAUAUUUUAGUCGACAAAAUGUUGUGGUUGUUCUGUGCUACCUAACUGUAGGUUCAUCUAGAUCACAGGUGUCAAACUGGUGGCCCGGGGGCCAGAUCCGGCCCGCCACAUCAUUUUAUGUGGCCUGCGAAAGCAACUCAAAAUUGCUCAUUGUGUUCAAGUGUAAUACCAUUGAGAUAUUUGCAAGCAUUUUUUUUGUUAUCAAUCCCACUUUGAAAAGAAAUGUGAUAGUCGAAAACCAUGUUUUUAUAGGCUUCUUAUUUCAAAACUGGUUAUUCAUCAAUGUGUUGUGUAUACUGUAUGUAAUUACAGUAUAUGAGGUAAUCUUUCAUUUAUAUGGGUUCACAUUUGUAGCGGCCCUCCGAGGGAAGUCAUAACUACGAGGUGGCCUGUGACAAAAAUGAGUUUGACACCCCUGAUCUAGAUAUUAGCCAUCUGCACCACACCCAGUUGGCCAGCCAGAAAGUAUUAAUAGCACUUAAUCUGUAAAAUAAUGAGAAAGAAUUUUAACAUCUAACAAAGAAUGCAAUCAAUGAAUUUUCUUCUCUAACCCUUCUGCCUAUCGACCUUCUUUUUUCUUUCUAAUUGUUUAGUAUCUACAAAUAUACACUGGCAGCAGUUUGUUUUUGUUCAGGUCACACACAUCUAAAGCCCAUAAAAUGUUCAUCUUAAUAGUUCCACUACCUAACUCUGCACAACUCUGGUUUUAAGUGAUAUUAUGUUCCUCACAAAUGAAAUACCCAGAAUAACCUAAACGUAAGGAUAACUCAUUGUUUUCUAAUAGCUUCUGUAAAUGGACUAGUGUGAAGAUUUUAGCGGUUGAGGGUGUUUCUCCUUUAGGGAAAUAGUUCUGCAUGUGUGGUUUCUUUCCUAAAUGCACAAAUCCCUUAAAUUGAAAAUGAUAUUGACAUUCAAUAAGUACCAGUAUUCAGUCUAUUAAAGCUUCCUUCAGAGGUCAGUGCUGUACAUAAUGGUUGUAUGUGACUUGAGCGUACGUGUCAAAAUGUGUCUUUCACAAAAAUGUAUUUAAAGAUGUUUUUUUUGUAUUAUUGCUACUUUUUAACCAUGUGAAAUGUUUUGACAAAUGUUUUUUGCUGUCUGUGCAGUCCAAGUAGUCAUGGGUGCCACCAGGGAUUUUGGCCCCUAUGGGGGCAGGGAUCACUGUGGGCUCAUCCACUUUAAUGCAGCAAAUUGAAAAUACAGUACAGUAAUAUUUACAAGGGCCCCUGUCAGUCAUUGGCCCUUAGAAUCAUCACUUUAACCCCCACACCCUCUUAUGGUGCGCCGGGACGUAGUGAUUUAUCAGUAUGUUGAAGGUUGUCAUGAUAAAUGUAUGAGCGUGUGAAUGUACACUGUAUUUGGUUUAACAAGGAAAUACAUACUGACAGAAAAUGUCAUUAGCAAGGUCUCAACAGAGUUUUGAAAACGAAAAACUAGUCUUCUGUCAUGGAGGGUGAACCUGCAACAAAACAGAAAUUAUCCUUUAGAUACCUUUUUUAGUUAAAAAAUUCUGCUGAGUCUGGUGCUAACUCUCAAGGUAGAAUAAUGCACAGGGUUUGGGUUUGCUCAAGAGGCCAGGUUUAUAACUGUCUCUAUUUCAGUUUCUAUCAAUCGGGGUAUCCCUGUUCUUGAUCCAUAUUCAGUUUGUGUUGUAUUAAAAUGUAUUUUCAUUUUGACUUAUUUUCUGUUCAAACCUUGAAGUGGGUUCAUCUGCCCCUUUGUCUAUCACCUGCAUAUGUCUGACAUUGGCAUCAUACAACUGUAAGAAUAAUGUGAGUGACAAGUGCAGAUUUUAUGGUUUAUUUUAUUAAUAAUUAUUCAAUUUAGAUCUGUUAGGGGAGAAAAGAUGUUGGCGUUGACUGAAGUGGCUAUAUUACUAAAAUAAUCUCAUUUGGAGAUUUUAUUCCUAUCAAUUUCUUUUGUUUGCUAAAUUUAACACAACAGAGUAGUAAUUUAGAAGGUGGAAAUAUUACAAUAAACAUGGCAAUGCAUCAAAAAUGGAGGGUCAGUCUUCAUAGUUCACCUACCAUACAAUAUAUUCUAGUACUGGUCUUACAAGUGCUGAAUUGUGGAGAAUGUGCACAAAGUAAUAUAAAAAUACAAUAGCUUUGUAAGACAUGACACUGCUCAGUAUGUGUAACGAUAUUACACAAUAGUAUACACUACUUACAAAGAGUUAGGGAGACAGUAUUGGGCUUUUGGUGCAAUUUCUGGAUUACCCUAAAAUGCAGUAUAACAUUUAACAGCUGAACGUAAUUUGACGUCUAAACUUUUUAAUGCACAUCCAUCUGUUCAAUGUUUCAGUACGUUUUGCAGAACUGAAAAAUUCACAGUAGCUGUUUGAUCCAUUAAUCGACCAAUAAAUCUUCAAGCAUGUUCA